AUGCCUGGAUCCAGAUACUCCAGUGUCUCGGGAGCCGACUCUGGCAGCGUAGUAACAGUCACUAGAGAUAGCAAAGGGGGGGGUAAAAAUAUAGAGUAUGAUUAUUCGGAGACCAUAAAACCAGACUACAGAUUGGAUGUUUACGGUGACCGGAAUGGACCAGGUGGGGCACGAAGGGGAACAGGAGGUGCUCCGUCUACUGUAGCGCCAUCUGAUAGCAUCAGCAGUUAUAAGCCCCCGAAAAAUUUGCCAUUGGCCAGGAGAUCGGACAAUGGACGGGAUCGAUUCAGCGAUGCCGGAAGUUCUCAGGGAUCGGAAAUGACUGCGAGACAGCCAAGCAAUACAGGUCGAAGCAGUAGCGGUGGAAGUAGGGUUAGUAGAAGCAGUAUAGGUGGAAGUACUAAAUAUGGUGGAAGUAGCAGUAAAUAUGGACAAUCACUCGCACCAGUACGCGAAGAAGGAGGAGGAGGAGUAGUAGUCAAGGAGACUAGAACACGAAGAGUCGUUGAAGAAAUUAAAACGAGAGAAUAUAGAAUUCCUAGUAGGAGGUAG